GGCAAUCCCCGAUAAACAAUAAUGAAGCCGCCGGCGCGGCGGCCGCUGCUGGGCGCGCUGGCGGCGGCGGCGGCGUUCUCCUGCCUGCUCCUCCUCGCCCCGCCGCCCCUCCUCUUCCCCUCCUCCUCCUCCUCCACCAACCACGCCCCCACCUCGCCCUACGCGCACCGCCCCAAGCUGCUCUUCCUCCUGGCGGGGCAGUCCAACAUGGCCGGCCGGGGCGCGCCCACCUCGCCCCUCCCUCCCCCAUACCUCCCCCACCCACGCCUGCUCCGCCUCGCCGCCGACCGCCGCUGGGUCGCCGCGUCCCCGCCGCUCCACGCCGACAUCGACACCCACAAGACCUGCGGCCUCGGCCCCGCCAUGCCCUUCGCGCACCGCCUCCUCCUCUCCUCCCCCUCCUCCGCCAACCCCGCGCCCUCCUCCGUCUCGGGGCCCGCCGGCGAGGAAGAUGGCCGGCUGGUGCUCGGCCUCGUCCCCUGCGCCGUCGGCGGCACCAGGAUCUGGAUGUGGGCCAGGGGGGAACCUCUCUACGAGGCCGCCGUCGCCAGGACGCGCGCCGCGGUGGCUGGCGGCGGCGGGGAGCUCGGCGCCGUGCUGUGGUUCCAGGGCGAGAGCGACACCAUCGAGGUCGACGACGCCCGCGCCUACGGCGGCAAGAUGGAGCGCCUCGUCGCCGAUCUCAGGGAAGAUCUCGGCUUGCCCAAUCUGCUCGUCAUCCAGGUUGGUCUUGCAUCAGGGGAGGGGAAUUACACAGACAUCGUAAGGGAUGCUCAGAAAAGUAUCAAUCUUCCCAAUGUGAUUCUUGUCGAUGCCAUGGGCCUGCCGCUCAGCGACGAUCAGCUGCACCUCUCCACAGAAGCUCAACUCCGGCUCGGUGAAAUGUUAGCGCAAGCCUAUCUUGAAUUCGAGUCAUCCAGAGAUCCCAGGCUAUAGCAUCAAUAACAUUGCUUGAUUUGUUAGUUAUAGAUACAAUUAUUCUUUGAGAACAUCCUGUUGUAGAGUGUAGAUGAAUGUACAAACAAGGGAAGAUGUGCCCACCAGCGCUCUGUCGCUCACUAUACUGCAAUAAAAGGAUUCUGGUAGAAAUUUAGCUCAAACUGUUGUUCAAGUGGUGUACAUUGGGGAGAAGAGAACAAAGCCGUGUGUGUUGGAAUAAAGCUGAAGAGCAUUUGUGGUGGGAUUCAGAUAA